CUUUGCUCUGCUUUGCUCUGCUCUGCUUUGCUUUGCUCUGCUCUGCUUUGCUCUGCUCUGCUCUGCUCUGCCUUUGCUUCGCCUUGCUUGGAAGAGGCUGAAAGUUGGAGCCUCCUCCACGUGUCAAACGCCAUCCCGUCUCGUCUCCGCCUCCUUGGGUUUUCCCCUUACUCGCCCGCUCGCGCACCCGGCGGAAGUGUGCAGUGUGUGGACGCGGACGUGGACUGUUGGAACUGGAAGUGAGACACGAUGCGGAUGCCCGCCAACACCAACGCCAACGCCGUCGCCGUCGCCGUCACCGUCGCAGCCGACAACCGGCCGGUCGUUGCCGCGGCUGGUGCUGCUGGUGCUGCUGUUGUUUCUUCGCCCUCAGAGACUCUUCAGCCUCCUCCUGCUCAUCCGCCUCCACUUCCUCCGCCCUCAGUCCCGUCCAUGUCGUUGUCGCUGGCUCGCCCGUCGCGCCAUGACACCGCCCAUGCUACCGGCCGCCUCGAACCUUAUUCCUUCUCUGUCAACCAUCCGCCGCCGCCAACCUACUACCGCCGCUUGGCUGCCGGUCCAGCUCCGGCUCCGCCGCCGGGUGUGUCUUCGGUUCCCACGCCGGGUCCUCCCGCUGCAGCCGCUGCAGCCUCCCGUCAUGACGCGCUCAGAUUUCCUCCAUCGCCCUCGCCAACACCCUCGCAUCCCGCCACCUUCGGCGUCCUCGGCGGCAGCAACCACGACAGAAAUCACAGUAAUUCAAGCUUCAUUAGCAACGCCAGCCAUGGCUAUGCCACUCUUACCCCGCGUUCCGAUCCCAAGCCCAGCCGCUGUUCCGUCAUGGACCUUCAGAAUGUGCUGUGCGACCCGGAUGACGAUGUGAACAUGUCCUCGUCGCGCUCGAGUCACCCCCCUACGCCCCCCCAUCUUGCUGAUGUACUUAACCCUCCCGCCUCGAAUUCCAUGCCCGCCUCUCCAACGUCGGAUUCCAUGGAGCCCCUGACAUUUGUCGCUCGCCCGAAUCCUUCUCACGUCGUCAUGACUACGAGGCCUCAAUUGCAAACCUCUCAACCCCAGCACGCGGAGCCCGGCUGCAAGACCUGUCAAAUUCGUAAGAUGCCUUGUGAUGAGGGGCGUCCCUCAUGCCAAAACUGCUCACGCAUGGGCAUCCAUUGCUUGGGCUAUAUUUCUCCGAGUCAUGCCAGCACCCAACAGGCGUCGGACCGUUCCGUGCCCAGCGUUAGUGCCAACGCCAGACGCCAGGAUCAGGAAGAGUAUCUCUUCUUCCUCCUUGAUCAUUACCGACACACCAAACGCCAUUGCAUGUGGGAACUCAUCACCCUCGAUUUCAAUGAGCAUUUUUCGUGUAACAUGCGUAAGGAGGCUCUGCAGAUGAUCAAACGCCGAAGAUUGAAGGAUAAGGAUACUCGGGAAGCUUCACCAAAUGAUGCCUUGGGGAAUGCGCAACGUCCCAAGGUUAAGAGAGGCCGCCGACCGAAAUCUAACGUCCCCUCUCUCCAGUCAAAUGGGGAUGGGCACGGCAGCGAGUCUGCCGCCGGGUGAGACAGCAAGACAACUCAUUCUCGUGACGUCAUCUACAUUGAAAGGCCUUUCUUGCCUCUUCUCUUGGCCUCUACCUUCUCUGGGCCAGUCGGUCAACGCGCACAUUUGAGUGGCGUAUCUGGCGGUCGUCGGCCAGUCAGCUAGAACGCCCACUUAGCGGAUCUAGAUGGGGUCUAUUCCGGCAUGAUCUAUCGUAAGCCGAGCGUUUCCGAAAGACGGCUUUCAACACCUGGAGACUGGUCUUAGCUGGAUCCAAGAUCAAGUUAGCAGCCUAAUACGGUUAUCCGGUCUCUGCAAGUUCUUGUCCGGCGAUCUCCGGCAACCUGACUAUAAGGACUCGGUCAGGGCAGCAUGAGUGACAGGUCUUGCCACCCCGUCGACUCUAUUAUUCGUUAUCCUCCAUCAUCCACUUGGCUCAUAAGGCGUCCCACGACGCUGGCUCUUUGAGGGUGCACUGGCAGAAACAUUCAGGCGGUGGCCAAUUGCAGGAUCAAAGAAACUCUCGAGACUGCCAUGGGUGCAUCGAAUCCAGUUCUGUAUUCAUACGCCGAACAUUUGCAAUGUACGAGAGGUGUCACGGAGACCCGAAGCCAAUGUCUGCCCGUAGCUAGCUAUAGGGUCUGGUCCCCAUGGCCUCAGAGAUCUACCCGGAUACUCCGCAUCUAGAGGAUAGCAGAAGACAUGAUGCAGACUUGGCUUGGCAUUUCUUCAUCCCAAGCCAGUGUGUGUUGAUAUGCGCCAAGGUUCGGAGGCGACGAGUUUGAUACCGAACUCGACCGGUCACCGUAUUUCACUGUCAAUUCUCAUGCGGUGCCUGCGUAGAUCACGGAUGGCUACGGAGAGCACAUGAGCUCGGCUGUUUGGGGUUCUGAAUGUUCAUAUGACAUACCAACACUCGGAAGACCUCUCACACGCGAAUCCAGCCAGCCUUGAGUCGAUUACGAGGCAUACAGAGACAACUCGUAUCCUACCUUCUUUCUCUGUACAUCCCUGUGAGAAAACAGUUCUUCGAACAUCGCAGCCGGGUUGGUGGGCCGUCGUUCCUGCUGGCUACUGACGGGAGACGGCAGCCUACGAUUUUGAACACCUCUAUAGUCACAGCACUCAUGUAUAAGGUCGACAAUAUGUUCUCGAGUUUCUCAAGCGGAGCUACUUUCGCCCCCAAGACCUCUUGCACAGGGCAGGGGCCAAUGGCAUCGACAGUAAUACCUUACUUUAGUAAACGAUGGUCUCCUUCCCACCUUAGCGCAAGUUUAACGCAUAGGAUUUCGGGCAACAGUAGAACCUCACACAUAGAGCAUGGAUAAGUAGUAAUGCGAUUGUACCUGGGUACCAAAGUCAUCAUUAUAGCAGGCUAGAUUAACAAUUUAAAUUAGCAGCUUAGAUGAGCAGAUCACACAUUAGUGUGCGCAUUAAUAAGCUUAGCUUUUGAUGCGGCCAUCAGGUGGUCACCCCAGAGAAAUAUUACUAAACCAGAGAUCAUGC